CCCGGGGCCGCCAUGGCCGCCAUGGGGGAGCGGCCGCGGGCGCUGUUCCUGGCCGGGCUGGCCGCGGUCUACAUCGCCGCCUUCGGCUCCCUCUACGUACAGAUCCCCGGGCUGUACGGCCGCGAGGGGCUGCUGCCGGCGCGCCGGGUGCUGCGGCUGAGCGGGAAGGGGCUGUGGGAGCAGCUGCGCGAUGUCCCCACGCUGCUGUGGCUCGGGCCGCGCCUGGGGCUGGACACGGAGCAGGGCAUGGAGCUGCUGUGCCUGCUGGGAAUGCUGGCGGCUCUCGGGGCGCUGCUCUGCCACGCCAUGCGCGACUGCCUGGUGUUCGCCCUGCUCAGGGUGUUCUACCUGUCGCUGUACCAGGUGGGACAGGUGUUCCUGUACUUCCAGUGGGACAGCCUGCUGCUGGAGGCCGGGUUCCUGGCCGUGCUGGUGGCCCCCCUGCGCCUGCUGCGGCGGGGGUCCCCGGCCUGGAGACCCCACGACGCCGUCACCUUCUGGGCCGUGCGCUGGCUCCUCUUCCGCCUCAUGUUCGCCUCGGGCGUGGUGAAGCUCACCAGCCGCUGCCCCACCUGGUGGGGGCUCACAGCGCUGACGUACCACUACGAGAGCCAGUGCAUCCCCACGCCGGGCGCGUGGCUCGCCCACCAGCUGCCCGUGUGGCUCCAGAAGCUCAGCGUGGUGGCCACCUACGUCAUCGAGGUGGCCGUGCCCGUGCUCUUCUUCGCGCCCCUGCGCCGCCUGCGCCUCUUCGCCUUCUACUGCCAGGUGCUGCUGCAGGUCCUCAUCAUCCUCACGGGCAACUACAACUUCUUCAACGCGCUGACCAUCGUGCUGGCCUUCUCCCUGCUGGACGAGGAGCACGUGGGGCGCUGGCUGGGCCGGCCCCGCAAGAGGCACGGCGCUGGGUGGCCCCCCAGCCUGGGCUCGGUGCUGGGCACGCUGCUGGAGCUCGGCACCUACGGGCUCCUGCUCUGCUGGACCGUGCGCUACUUCGGCCUGGAGCUCGACUGGGACAGGAAACUGCUGGACUCCAAAGUGGCCUUCACCUACCACGAGUUCACCACCUGGCUGCGGACGGUGACGCUGCCGCUGGUGGGGGUGGCCUUCCUGUCCCUGUCCUGGGAGAUCCUCGUGGCCAUGUACCGCUGUGCCUGCGUCCGGGGAUGCUUCUGGAAGCUCUGGGCCACCCUGCAGUGGGCCAUCAUGGCCACGGCCACCGUGGGCCUGUUCGCUGUUAGCCUGGUGCCCUUCACCUACAUCGAGCACGAGUCCAACGGGAAGCUGUGGCCCGGGAUCCACCAGAUGUUCGGGGCCGUGGAGCGGUUCCAGGUGGUCAAUUCCUACGGGCUCUUCCGCAGGAUGACCGGCGUGGGCGGGCGGCCAGAGGUCAUCCUGGAGGGCAGCUACGACGGGCACAGCUGGACAGAGAUCGAGUUCAUGUACAAGCCCGGGAACGUGAGCGCGGCGCCGGCCGUGGUGGCCCCGCACCAGCCCCGCCUGGACUGGCAGCUCUGGUUCGCCGCCCUCGGGCCCCACCAGGGCAGCCCCUGGUUCAGCGCCCUGGUGCUGCGCCUGCUGCAGGGACAGCCCGACGUGAUCCGCCUGGUGCAGACGGACGAGUCCCGGUACCCGUUCCACGCCCGCCCGCCCACCUUCCUGCGGGCCCAGCUCUACAAGUACUGGUUCACGGCUCCCAGCGAGGGCAGCCCGGGCCCGGCACCGUGGUGGCGGCGGCAGCACGUGCAGGAGUUCUUCCCGGCCGUGUCCCUGGGAGACCCCACGCUGGAGUCCCUGCUCAGCCAGCACGGCCUCAAGGACAAGCCCCCUCUGCGCCGCCGAGCUGACGCUGUCCUGCCGCGGCUCCUGGGCUCCGUGCGCCGCCUGUGCCAGCCCUUCUCGGGCCCCGUCCUGCUCUGGUCCCUCUACCUGGUGGCCGCCACCGCGGGGCUGCUGCGAGCCCUGGCCCGGCGGGCCCGGGGGGGGCCGCCCCCCGCUCGCCACAAAGGGCCCCGGGAGCGGGGCGAGCGCAACGGGGCGCGGGGCACGGAGGGGGCGCGGGGCACGGAGGGGGCGCGGGGCACGGAGGGGGCGCGGGGCGCCAACGGGGCGCGGCCCGAGGGCCGGCACGGCAACAAGAGGAAGAAGUAGCCCCCGCAGCCCCCCAGAAACGGGGGGCAGGGAGGGAGUGCCCGGGUGGGGGGGGCAGCGCUUGUCGGCCCCCGGCCCGGGGGGGGGGUGCCCGUGUGCCAGUGCCUUCAGCACGGUGUGGCCACGCGGGGUGGGGACACGCCCGGGGACCCCUUGGGGACACCUCUGCUUGCCCGGGGACCCCUUGGGGACACCUCCCCCUGCCCGGGGACCCCUUGGGGACACCUCUGCUUGCCCGGGGACCCCUUGGGGACACCUCCCCCUGCCCGGGGACCCCUUGGGGACACCUCCCCAGUGUCCAGGCACUCCUGGGGACCUCUCCCUGGGUUUUGGGGGCUGCUUGGGGACACGUCCCAGUGUCUGGGGACCCUGCCCAGGAACCCCUUGGGGACCCCUGCAGACCCCACGGGGGGGGGGCUCAGCCCAGGUCAGGGGCUCAGAGCGGGUGGGGGCUCUGUGCCCGCGGGCUGGAGCAGUUUGGGCAGUGCCAGCCCUCUCCAGUUACCCUGCCCAGCCCCUCAGGUCACUUUGGGGUCCCCCCUGGCACUUUGGGGUGCUGCCCCCCGCCCAUCCCACGGUUCCCCCCUGCCUGGCUCCUCCCGAGCCCAGAAGUUUCCUAUAAUUUUCUAAUUAAAGCCUUUGACAUUCCA